CUAAUGGUCGAUGUGGACUGUAGACAUUUCAGUCCAACUCGGGACGGAAAUAUGUAGCUGGCAGUUUGCGAACCGGAACGUUUAAAUUAUUGGGUGAUUCUGUGCAAUUUUGGAGCUAAACCUAUAUGAUUUCCUUCGCAAAUUUGGCCAAGAACCCAGAAAGAUGCCACAGAAAACACUGGGAUCCAUUAUAGGGCUGCUUUGCACCGGUGCCUCUGUGGUUCAGGCGAAAGAGUUCUGUUUCGGCGUCAACAAUGAACAAUACAGGUGCGAGAUGGGUUACUGCUGCGGAGAAACGGAGUGCUGCACCUAUUACUACGAAUUGUGGUGGUUCUGGCUGGUGUGGACCCUUAUCAUCAUGCUCAGCUGCUGCUGUGCAUACCGUCACCGGCGCGUGAAGAUGCGACUCCAGCAGGAGCAGCGCCAGCGCGAGAUCAGCCUCAUGGCCUACCAGGGGGCCUCCAGCUCUUUCGUGUCCCCACCUCCCCUAAAUCUGCGCUUCUGGACGGACUGCAAGCUGCCAGAUUAUGAGGAGGUGGUUGGCCAUCCUCCAACGCCCCCUCCACCUUACUCAGAAAUGCCCCCCGAGACCUCCCCUCCUGGUCAGGCUGCUGCUGCUGCUGCCAUCGUACUGGAGCCCCCCAUAGAGCAGGCGGCCACGCUCUCCAGAGAUGAGCAAGGCUCCGCAGCAGCGGCUGUGGUGGCAGGAGCAGCCGCCUCUGCCGGCCUGUCCAAUCACCAGCAGCACGAGGUGUCGGAGGAGGAAGAGCCUGGAGCCAUGCUGGAGGAGGAAGAGGAGCUGGGGACAAGACGGAGGCACGUGACUGGCGACUCAGGGAUCGAGGUGUGCAUAUGCCAGAUGGAUGUGGACGAGGGCUCGUGUGGCGAGGAGGACGGCGGCGGCGGCGAGGAGAGGGGGGAGUGCGAGCAGCUGUGCCAGGGAGGCACUGGGGGGGCGUGCUGCGCUGAGAGGGAGGCCGUGGCACGACACAAAGAGCACAGCCCUGAGCCCAGAACCGGGGACAGACUAGUCUGAGACAUUUCCCUCCGCUGUGCCUGCUUGCCACACACGGAUUCAAAGAGGACGAUGCCUAGUCACGUUUGUCAUCAUCAUUGACGUUACCAUCAGGCAAAAGCCGUGAAUAAUGAUAAGAAAGCUGCCUUCCCUAAUGGUCUUUAUUCCCCAAAUCCCUCUAUGUAAAUUAAGCUGUAUGUCGGCUUUCUGUGUGUCAAAUGGUUAAGGUGAUAGAUGGCUGAUGAUGAUGAUGAUGAUGAUGAUGAUGAUAGAACUGGCUCAUAUGUUUUGGAACUUGCUUUUACAUGGCUUGGGGUUAAAGUUAUUCUAUCCAUUCCCGUGGAUAGAAUUCUCUUCAUUGUUUUUUGGUUAGUUCUGGGUUUAUUUUUCUUGUUGUUUUUGUCAUGGAUGAAUGAACAGUUUGUUGAUUUCUAGUUUGUGUAGGGCUGGAACUGAAAGGUCAUGGUUGCUGUGAAACAGCUGCCAUGUCACGGAGUGGCUGAUGGCGGGAGCUUUUUAAAGCGCCAUGUUCUCUCUCCGCCCACCCUCUGUACCCCCCGCCACGUUUGUGGCCCCAGCGUUUCCUUUGAUCCCGUCUGGCAUGUACCCGCCCGCCGCCCAGCCUUCCCAUACGACCCCAACAGCUCAGGUCCACAACGCCCCCCAGCACAUGGCAAUGCCACGUUAGAAGACUGGGUCUCCCUGCUGUCCCCUGGGCAUGGUGAGGUUAGAGGCUAACACACACACACACACACACACACACACACACACACACACACACACACACACACACAC